UAUCUGCUACUUCAUUCUGAUUGCCGCUGCUACUGUCUAGGGCUAACCUCAAAACAUUAACACCAAAAAUCAAUUCUACUUCUCAACUGAACUCAACACACAAAACAUUUGUACCAUUUUCAAUUCAACCAAAAAAAAAUAACUCAACGAUGAGAACGAAAACCGUUGGUGGCCGUAGACGCUCUCUUACUUCUUCCUUCUCCUUCACAACUCAGGACGAAAACGACGAAGACGACGAACAAAAACCAAUCCUCGAACAAGAUCCAAAUCAACAACUACGGAAAGACGAAAUUUGGAACCGUUGGAUAGUUUUCUCACCGGACAAAAUAAAAAAACCUUCCGAUUACAAAGCGAAAUCAUCUUCGAAUUCAAACCCUAGCAGAAACAAACCGUGCUGUUUCUGCAUUGGUCAUGAAGAUCAAUCAACGGUUGAGAUCUUUCGUGUUCCAUCUGAUGAUCCUAAUUGGAAGAUUCGUGUUGUUCAUAAUCCUUACCCCGCUCUUUCGAGGAAUUUUCCGGAGUUUGGUGAUGGUGUUAAUGGUAAUGUUUUGGAUGGGUUUGGGAUUCAUGACGUUGUUAUUGAAAGUCCGGUUCAUUCUGAUCAGUUGUCGGAUUUGUCUCCGAAAGAAAUCGGAGAUAUUUUCGUUGCUUUCGUUGAUAGAAUUCGAGAAUUGGUUCACCUUGACUCUAUCAAAUACAUUCAGGUGUUUAAGAACCACGGUGUUGCUGCGGGUGCAUCAAUGAGUCAUUCUCAUAGUCAAAUGCUGGCCCUGCCACUUAUUCCACCUAGUGUUUCUGCUCGUCUUGGAAGUAUGAAGGAGUUUUUUUUACAGACAGGGAAAUGCUGUAUUUGUGAUAUUCAACGUGAGGAUCUUUUGAUUGAUUCAUCUACCUACUUCUUUUCAUUGGUUCCUUUUGCCGCUUCAUUUCCUUUUGAGAUAUGGAUUGUUCCCCGGCAUCACUCUGCUCAUUUCCAUGAGUUGGAUGUUGAAAUGGCAGUUGAUCUUGGAGGUUUGUUGAAACAAAUACUUAGGAAAAUGUCUUUUCAAUUGAACAAUCCAGCAUUCAACUUUAUGAUUCACACUAGUCCCCUGCAUGGUAAUGAGUCAGAAUUUGCAUACAGUCAUUGGUUCAUACAGAUAGUACCUCAUCUAAUUGCAACAACGGGUUUUGAGCUUGGAACUGGGUGUUACAUAAAUCCUGUUUUCCCUGAGGAUGCUGCAAAGAUUCUAAGAGAAGUUAAUGUUCCGCUGUUUGCACACGAAAGGCGUACUGUGGGUUUUUCACCUCCAAGUAAGAUUGUGGAUUAUAGUGAUGCAUUCGCCACUAAAGAGGUGUUUCCUACUCGAGAAUAUCUAUUGAAUUGGGCUCGAGCCAUUGGGAGAGAGAAUGGAUUUACUGUUAUUAUUCAGAGAUCAGACACUGGUGGUAUAGGGAAGAAGAUAGGAAGGAAAACAACCGUCAUUUUGGGUUGCGAAAGAAGCGGAAAGUAUAGACAAUACAAGGAUGCAUUAGCUCGCAAGACUGGAACUAAGAAAUGUGGGUGUCCAUUCAGAUUACGAGGAAGGCCCGUAAGAAAUGGUGACGGAUGGAAAGUGAACGUCGUUUGUGGGUUUCACAACCAUGAAGUAAUUGAAACGGUUAUAGGGAGUACAUACGCCGGUCGAUUAAGUGGCGAAGAGAAGUCUUUGGUCGAUGAUUUGACAAAGAACAUGGUAAAACCGAAAGACAUAUUACAAACAUUGAAAGAACGUAAUGAAGAGAAUCUCACUUCUAUCAAGCAGAUUUAUAAUGUGCGUCAAGCAUUAAAACGUUCUAGAAUAGAAAUGGAACAUUCAGCAUAGAUAUUACUGUGAAUUGAUUGUACUGCAUUCAACAUUUGUAUUACUUUUCAUUUUUUUAUUCUGAAAAGUACUUUCGAUUAUUGUCA